CUCCCUUGUAGUGGAGCUGUUAGUGCUGAAACGGGCGGAGUAGUGGAAGGCACCUAUCAGACUAAACGGAAAAAAUAAGACAGUUUCGGCGUUAGUCAGAAACGUACAAUCAGUGGGAAAUUUGCACAAAUUCCAUCGUGAUAGGUUGAACUCAUAGAUAUAUUUAAAAGUUGAAAAAUCUAUUAGUUUAGCCGAAUUGAGCAGUGUGACGAUGUAAACAGGCGGUGACGAACAGAAAAUAUCAAUGGCGGACAGUCGAUGCCAUUUCUCUUCUUUUGAAAUAAUUAUUUUAUACGGCGUGGAUAGCUUCGUUCGUUUUUUUCUCUUCAAUAGGAGAUCGUGUUUAUUUUCCAAGUGAAUAUAUAAACAGUUGAUCUUUAAAAACAGCUUGAGUAACCCAGCUUACUGCUUGAACAAUGAACGCCCAAGCAGGAACCCAGGCAGCUCCGCCUCCGCCUAACACUGUGAUUGUAGUCACUCAGAAUGCGCGCAGGGCACCUCCUCAUAUGCUGAGGGGGACGAGGUUAUAUGGCAUGGACGUCCGCGCUGGCUGUAUGUCGAUGUCCCUUGUAUUCGGCAUCUUUUUAGUAAUUACAGGAGUUACCUUGAUUCAAAUCCCGAUCAUUACAGGGGCUUAUGCCGUUUUUCUGGCCUUGGUUCCCUGCUGGUUUCUUGGCGGCUUUCUGAUCUACUUUUACGUGAAGGCGAAGAGGAAAGCAUUGCGAGAAUUUAAUGAACUACCAGCUGAUCACCCUGACCGCCUGAAGUACGGCAAUCUCGCCUGGCCCGGAAGUAUAGCUGCGGCAUACCCAGUGUCCAACGUCUACCAAUUCCCCACCAACGCACAGGUUGUAAAUGCUGGCAGCGGACAGCCAGCAGCAAUGGCGUCAGGACAGACGUUCGUAUCGGGCUAUUACCCGCCUCCACAGGGGCAGUAUCCACCCCCGCAAGGACAGUACCCACCACAGGGGCAGUAUCCACCUCCGCAAGGACAGUACCCACCACAGUAUCCACCUUCCCAAGGUCCCUCUGCUCCUGUACAAGAGCCUUCCUGGAAAACCAAGGAUGAUCCGCCGCCAUAUUCUGAAAUCUAAAAGACUUGUUCUCUUUUUGAAAUACCACAUUGGUUCUCAUAUAAAUAGACUGUUCUAUAGCACGGUGUUUUCACGAUAAGUCAGCUUAGAUUAGCAGUUUUGUAUAAGUUCUAUGAUAUGUAUAAUGUUUUCUUAUCUUCAUGAAUGAAAAUGGUAUCAACAAUGUAUAACAUGUUCAUAAUGUUAAGUUCAUAAUAACCUGUACUGUAACAAGUAACUAUGGUGCAUUUAGAGUAAAGAAAAUGAAUAUGUAUAUAUACAUAUAUACAUAUAUAUGCAUAUAUAUAGAGGAGAGAGGAAACUCAUUUGAAAGUAAUGUUUAGUUUUAUGCACUUCUGAACAAACAAACAAACAAAAAAUUAUAUAUGAGUAUAUAUAUAGACAUCUAUAUUUAUCUUUAGUGGUCUAUCUAUCUAUCUAUCUAGAAAUCUAGCUAUAUAUAUGAAAUAUAUAUUUA